AUGUGUGGAGAAACCGGCCGUCCAUCUUUCGGUGGAACUAUCGCAGUUCUGUUUCCUCGUGAGGACAUGUCUUCAUCGGAGACAUUGCUUUCAUCUUCACCCGACUCAGUCACAUCCACAACAUCAUCAACCUCCAUGUCCUCAUACACGCUUUUCUUCCGAGACCCAGAUGCAGACGGCCACAAAACAAAGGCAAUUUUCCAGAUCAACGACACAGAAACAUACCAUGCACUCUGUGCAUAUGAAGAGUUAGAUCUGCGGAUAGAGAAGCACGGCGAUCUAUCCACGGGCACCCCAGACAUACCACCCCUCCACAAGCUGCGACUAGACAUGAGCCAAAGACAAAGGCAACGACCAGGACAGCAAUUGGAUCUUGAAUUUGAGUUGCCCGAAAGGCUGGUCCUGGGCGUCUCGGAGAAGGGAGUGGUCGGCCGUCAGGUCACGGUCACUAAGGCCAGCGGUGGCAUUCUUGGCGUUGGAAUUGUGGGAUUUAAUUAG